AUGAAUAAGUGGCGUUUACUGCUCUUUUCGGUUUUCGGCCUAUUGCAAAUAACUACAUCGGAUCGAAACUUUAUUGAUGGAAGGUCUUCGUGCUGCGAUCAUUCCUCUCGGUACUCAGAAUCUGAUAUUAGGACCUCUAUCUAUGAACCGUAUCGUGUUAAACGGAUUUUACCCGAUUUCGAGAGACGAAAAUCAUUAGAAACUCGACCUCAAACACGAGCCCAAGAUUUAAGGUUGUCCUCUAGACGUGAUAUCAACAAUCACGAACACUUACGCCGUAUCAACGAAGAUCACCAAAAUUUUGAAAGACAACGUAUAAGAGAAUAUACUAAUGAUUUUCAAAUGACUCAAAGACGCGAUUUCUCUAGAGAAAGAAAUUUCGAAUACAGUCGAAUCACACGCGAUAAUACGCGGCAAGAAAGGUCCGUAAGGAAUCGUGAUAAAGUAUCCCCUAAAGAUUCUCGAUCUGAAGUAGAGUCUCGUGAUAACCACAGACAUAAUGACGAAAGAGAGCGCUUUGGAAAAAAUUUCAUAAGACAAGAUGGCUUUAACUACCGUCGCAGAUUUAUGAAUGACCAGAGCAGGAAGUCUGAAAACAGUCCACAAAAACUAGAAAGGCAAAUUUCGGAGACAUCACGUAUUGCACGUAUAAAACAACACUUAUUCAACGACGAAGCUCGUAAAAUCGACGAAAUUCGGUAUCGAUCUGAAAGGCAUCUCGAAAACGAUAAAGUUAGAAAUACUCGUAAUGCGCGAUCUGUGCGAGAAUAUAGAAAUAAGGAAGACUCUUUUAUCGAAAAUCGAAUGAGGUCUAACCUCAGAAAUAACAAAAAUGGCAUUGUAUUAAAUAAAUUACAAGAACGACACAUCAAUAGAGAUGGACGCACGGAAAGAAACAUUCGACUGAACAAACGUAGUGUCUCUGAUGAACAUAUAAACUACGUUCGAGACACAAUUCUCAGUGACGAAAAUAGUAUUAGAAAUAACAGGCAAAGAGUUGUAAAAAGAAAUUUGGUUAUGUCCCGACGAAGCAUCUCCGAAGAAGCCCAGAGGUAUAGAAAUGAAAACAGAGAGCGUGAAAGGACACAAAAAAAUAUUAAUGAAAAUCGGAAUGGAGAAAACUCGCGUAAUAUAAAUAGAAACGAAUUAGGACGUAAUCGCGAUGAGAACAUUGAAACACGGCGUGAUAAUUUUGAGCGAUCUUUAGGAAAAGAUAGUGUUAGGAUGAGAGUUACCCGUAGAGCCGCCACAAUCUAUGACUUCAGAGAUGACGUUAGAAACAUUAAUCGUGAAAAUAGAUUUUCUCAACGUACUUCGCAAGUACGUAGACAAGAUACACGAUCAGAAACCUCGAAUAUGAAUGAAAGACAUAUCCGUAGUUCUAGAGCAUUUAGGCAAAUACAGGAAAAGGAUAGACGCGACUUAAGAGAAUCGCAAAAUAUAAGAAUGAUUGGAAGACCACUUAAGGAAAAAGCUGAUGCUAGAAGUCAGAGGCGUGUCAGCAAUAUUCACAGCGAAGAACGAGACCGGGUACACAAUGAUGAUAGGCGUGGAAGGAAUUUCAUUCUAGACGAUAACCGGCAACAAAGACGACAAGAUAGAGAAAGUUCUAGAUUGCGCAGCACCAGUGUAAGUAGAAGAAUCGAUGUUGACCAUGCUAUAGACAAUAUUGACGAACAAUUACGCCAAACUAGAUUGCAAAAUACGCAAGAACGACGAGACAUUAGACGGCGAGAUAGAGACGUAUCGAGAAUCCGUAGUAUCAGUGCAUCGAGACGUCACGACGUUCAAAACAUGGUAAAUGACGAAUUACAGCGAAUUAGAUCUCGUAGCGUGAAAGAAAGGAGUAUUAGAAAGCAGACGAGUGACAAAUCUGUACGUAGUAAUACUAUGGCAAAUUCUUACAAUUUCCGUAAUAACUUGGAUGAAAUUCGACAGUUAAACCGUUAUUCACGAGAUGCGCAAACUAGACAAAAUAUAAGACGAGAUAAUAGAGAUGAAUCAAGGAUACGCAGCGUUCGUGUACUAAACGUCAUGGAAAAUCAUGAAGAAGAACACCGGAGCAGAUCUCGACUUUCAUUAGAAAGACUGAGCAUUAGAAAAAAUGAUAGAAAUAUCUUAACAUCCCGCAGCGCAAAUUUGCCAAAAAGCUACGCAACUAGUAACAACGGAAAUAACGUCCGUAAUGAAGUAAGGUCAGGUGAUAUCGAAAAGAGUUUAAAUCGUUAUUCACGAGAUCAUCAUUCAGGAGAAUCUAGACAAAAUAUGAGACGAGAUAAUACAGAUGAACCAAGGGUACGCAGCGUUCGUGUACUAAACAAUAUGGUAAACCGUGAAGAAGAACAACGAAGCAGAUCUCGACCUUCGCUAGAAAGUUUGAGCAUUAGACAAAAUGAUAGAACUAUCUUAAGAUCUCGUAGCACAAAUUUGCCAAAAAGCUACGCAAGUAGGAACAGCAGAGAUAACGUCCGUGAUGAAGUAAGUCGAAGUAAACGAAACAUUGUUAGAACUCGCAGUACCCCUAUACUAAGAACCCUCAGCAAAAAUAUUGACGAAGAGGCACGUCGUACUGCCACCCAAAAUACACUAAAAAGACUUACUAGGAGAAUUGGUAGUGACGACUCUAAAAUCUACAGUACCCGAUCACCCCAAACUUAUAUCUCACAAAAUAUAAGAAACAAUGAAGCAUCACGACGAAUGAGAUCUCGAAGCUUAACUACUGAACGACGUACCGAAAAUCAUCAAGUUAGAAUUAAUCGUAAUAGAAGUUUAAACGAAAGGACUACUAGGAUAGAACGAGAUGCCGAGAGACGUAAUGAAAGACGUCAUACACGAAGGGUUCCUUUGAUUGCUGCGACACGAAAUACACUGUUUGCCGAGAAUAAAAGGGAUAUCCCAUUAUCACAGACUAAAAAAGCUUUUGACAUAUUUGAAAUGAAAUGGCAAUAUGUCUUCUAUGCUUUGCAAGCAAUCUACAUAUUCAGUGUGUUUAUGAAAAUGCCUCAUAAUCAAGGAAAAAAGCAACUAAGAAUUACCAGCUGGCUAAUUCCUAUGGACUAUAUGAAGAUUGAU